AUGGGAAACACAAUACAAGACCAAGAUAGUGAAGAGUGCCAAAUUCAGAAAAAUCUCUUCAAUUUUGAAUGCCCAAUAGGCCGUGGAGGUUAUGGAAAGGUUUGAAAAGUAGAAUUAAAAAAAACAAAGCAAUGCUUUGCUAUGAAAGAAAUGAGCAAAUUCAGGGUUAUAAGGAAAAAAAGUGUAUCCUCAAUUCUUAAUGAAAGAAAAUUGCUUUCAAUAAUAAAGCACCCUUUUGUAGUAAAUAUGCAAUACGCAUUUCAAGAUAAAGAAAAUUUAUAUCUCGUCAUGGAUCUUAUGACAGGCGGAGACCUUAGAUAUCACAUUUGUAAGACUAGAAGGUUCACUGAAAGUCAAGCUAAGUUUUUCACUGUGUAUUUAUUUCUUUUUUUUUCAAUUUAAUUUUACUACAAAAUAAUACUAUUUUUCCUAUAGAAUUUUUUUUAGAAAAAAUUAUUUUUUUAAAUUUAUGAGCCGUUUUCACAGCCUGUAUUUUUAGUGGGCUUGAAUAUUUGCAUGUAUUAGGAAUAAUACAUAGGGACAUUAAACCUGAAAAUUUAGUUUUCGAUAAAAAGGGAUAUUUAAGGAUAACAGAUUUUGGCAUAGCAAGACUGAUCUCGUCUGACAACUCAAAAGAAACCUCUGGGACGCCAGGCUAUAUGGCUCCAGAAGUUAUGUGUAAGCGUAAUCAUGGAAUUGCUGUUGAUUAUUUUGCUUUAGGAGUUAUUGUUUAUGAAUUGAUGAUGGGAAAGCGGCCAUACACAGGAAGAAAUAGAAAUGAUAUAAAAGAACAGGCACUUUCUAAACAAAUUCUGCUUAAAAAAUCAGAUUUGCCAGCAGGCUGGUCAAUAGAGUCCGCAGAUUUUGUCAAUAAACUUCUACAAAGGAAGCCUGAAAAUAGGCUAGGGACAAAUGGUCCUUCAGAAGUAAAAAAUCACGUAUGGCUGAGUGAUGUCCAGUGGUCUAGCUUGUUUGCGAAAACCUUGGUAUCUCCAUUUAUCCCGUCAAAUUCUGAAAAUUUUAAUGCUUCAAGUCAAUUCGAUUUUAAAGAAGAACUUGAUGGAUUCAUUCCAUUAGACUCAAUUGAUGAAAUAUUCAAAGGCUAUUUUUAUAAUCAGCAUAGUGGAGAGUAUAAACCUGAGACUACUCAGUCAUUUCGAGGUAAAAACCGUUCAUGACUGUAA